AGUCUGCCGAAGCAUCAUUAUGGGGCCUCUCCACAUUGCGUUUGCGGCCGCUAUUGUUCAGGCAACGUUUAUUUAUAGUCCUGUCUUGUCGAAGUCACCACACAAGCUUCAACGCGAUCUUGCAGAUGCCUUCGAGAUCUUCGACAAAUUUCCUUACGUCGUGCUGGUGUACACCUCGGGCGAUGAUCCGGAAUUCCAAUGCCUGACAAACAAGCGAACUGAGUUGGACAUGGACGCUAAAAAAGCCACCUACGUCUGGAUGUUCAAAGGCCAUAACGGCAGUGAGAGGAAAAAUGUAGCUUUACAUUUAUCUGCCGGUGAUGCGCCGGAUUGGGCGGUCUUCACUCUAAAUAAUGACACCGAACACUCCUCGCCGGCCCACUUUGUGUACACGGACUACAAGUACUGCGUCGUCACGGAAAUUCCCCUCGACGGAGAUCAAUGUCAGCUUUGGGUUUCGGAGGAUGUGAAAGACAACAUUCCCCAGUACUGUUUGGACCAACUGGAAGAUAUUUGUGACGUUUCCUAUGAAGAGUACUCGAAAGAGCUCUGCCAGAAUGACGUGGACGACCUCUGAGUGGCAAGGAAAAUAAUACUGCCACGCCCGGUGACUGUGUGUGUUUCCUUGCUUCAAUCUAGUUCUCUUUAAUAAAGCGGCCAGGUACCCCGAAUUCAAGAUCCUACGCUCAUUUUUUUUAGACUUGAAGAGCGAGGUUGACAGAAACUUGACUUCUACCUGCACUCGUUAGUGAUUUAGAUUGCCGUGAAUCACUUAGCUACGCG